UAGUAAAUGUCAUCGCUAAUUUUUUUCUCCAUAGGAAAUGUCUUGGGGCGGCCUUUGUGGCAUUUUCCUCGGGCAUGUCUUUCCGUGAUGAAUUACAGUAGCGCUUCUUUCCAAUUAACUACAGCGUAAGGUAAUCCACCACGUCCAUCAUGCGCAUUGUGAAGAGAGAAAAGAUUACGCAAGUUCCCGACUUCUGUCGGAGCUUUCCCCAUCCGGCAGUGCGCACGACUUAGCGUUCGUUUUCUUCCCGUGCGGGGAAGCGAAAAAAGGAGCGCAGUUAACGAGGAGUUCAACGGGUGGGCAUGUUUCGGGAGAGGUUAAAUAUUUACAUUCCCAGUCUAUGUCUAUAUUCGGUGUUAACUUGGGCUGAUUGUCUCGCCUUUGUUUGGCCAUCCCGUCUCUGUGCGGGGCGCCACAUCUGUCCCAACCUCAACUUUCCCCACACAAACGACAUCACAAUCUUCCCCUCUGACAUCCCCUUUGUAUUCCUGGUACUGACAUGCCGAUUUGUUGUUUCUCUGCACCGUCAUUUCCCCCCUCCUGCCACCCCUUCCCCCCAGGCCGACCCAGCACGGCCUGACAAGUGGACAAUAUGGUUUCAAUAUUGUUUGUGUGGUUAAAAAUCUUCCAAGGGGCCACUCCCCUCCGCACAAACACAAAACCCAGUUUAUCAGGUCCCGAGGACAACAGAGCCUAUUGUUCCCCUGUCUGGGUGUAAUUUGUCUCGGCUUGAGUCCCUAAAGGUGUAGUAUUUGUUGUCCGUGCUUUACAGGCCCAAAUUCCCUCACCAAAUACCUCCUCACUUCCCUCCAUUGAUGUUGUGUAUUAUUCCCAUUCUUAUGCAAAUUGCCGUUAAAAGACACAUUGUGAUGGAAAUCGGAGCUUUUGUUCCUUUGAAGGCUUUGUUGCGCACCGCCUUUGGUAUUUGCCCUGUGUAGGUGUAACCAUAGGUGCAAACAACAGGUUUUGUCAUCCGUCCCGGCGAGCGGAAAAUAACCAAAAGUGACUUCACUUUGGUCCGUGCUCGGCAUUAAGGGGGGCGGGGAUGAGAGCGUGAUUUUCGCCCCUGGUUUAACAAUGGACGAUUGUCAACUCUGAUGAACAAACAAACCUGUUUUGCUGGGAAGUGGACCGCACACAAGCACGAGGGAGAAUUUGCGGAAGCGACGAUCGUGCGAAGAGAAAAACGGGGCUCUUCUGGAGUGUCCUCAGAACCGGGACGUCGGCGUGGACUGAAUGAGAAGAAUGCUUUUAUCGUGGGCAGGAGACAGGGUGCAAGAUAAUGGAUUUUUAUUAUUAUGCCAAAAAUGGGUGAGAAGCGACCAGCGUCACCUGAGUUUGACAACACAGUAAAGCAGCAGAAACUACAGGAGGACUCGGACGCAGAAGCUCAGGAGGAGAACCACGACGUCAGUGACGAAAACAAAAUAACAGAGGCAGAAGAAGAGAAUAGCAGGGAACAAGAACUGAAGGAAGCGAAUGGGGUAACAGAUAAUUUAGAUCAGGAUUUGAGCACACACGUAUAUAGUGAAGAGGACUCUGAUAAGACUAGAGCACAGACUGAGGUGUUUGAUUUAAGUCGACCAAAGAACCGAGAGAGUUCGGCAGGAACGAGUCCGGGAGCGAAAGAACGAGUAGGCGACAGGAGAGAGGAUGUGAUAGAGAGGAGGAAGACAAGCCUACUUAGUGUUGUUGACAAUCUGAAGCAGAGAAAGAUGGAGGAAGUACGUGUGAAGAUGGAGCAGAUGGAGGAGGAGUUGUACAUGAACGGCGGGGCCGGCGCCGACGCGGCCAGAAAGAGCGAACUGGAGAGACGCCGGGACGAGACGCGGGACAGAAUCGUGAGCGGACUGGGCGUGGUGAGCGCGAUGGCGGAGCGGUGGCGGGAGCAGGAUGUGGCGGACACGGAGAGGCUGACUUUGGAGGACCGUGAGCUGCGACUGGCGGACAGGGAACAGCAGCUGGCAGAGGUGUUGGAACAGCUCAGGGCGCUGAAGGAACAGCUGCUGACCCAGCAGGAUGAGAUGAACAGGGUGCAGCAGGGUCAGCUGGCCAAACAGCAGCAGCAGCUGGAGAUCCAGCGCCAGCAACAGGAGCAGAUCCAGCUGCAGCAACAACAGCUGCUGCAGCAGCAGCAGAAAAUACACCUGCUGGAGCAGCAGAUCCAGGAGCAGUGUAACAAUGCUGCAGCUGGGCAGCCCUUCAUGAGAAUCAUCCCAGUGUUCCCUCACGACCAGGCCACGGCGGCGGCUGCUGCAGCGGCGGCGGCUGCGUACUACCCGAGCAUCCCUCGGACCCUGCCUUACGGCACGGCCGACCAGUACCCCGUGGCGCUGUCCCCUGCGGCGGCCGCCCGGCUCCAGAUGGCCGGGAUCCAGCCCAACCUGGCGCUGCACUCCCUCGGGCUUGACCCCCGUCUUCCCGUCACGGCGGGGUCCCUCCCGCUCACAUCCGUUCCGCAGGUGCACAAGCCCGAGCCGUCCGAGAGCACGUCCCCCGGGCGGGCCAGCACCCCGCAGAGGAGCACCGCCCAGCCCUCCAACUCCAACUCCACCACCCCUCAGCUCCACAGCAUCCUCGUCAACAGCACUGCCAAUCCACAGCCUCUCAACCUCUCACAGAAGGCGCAGCCCUCCUCUCCGGACAAGAAGAUGGUCACGUCCACCACGACGUCGCCGACGGCGGGAGCGAAAGCGCCGAGCCAGGCCACGGUGUCGGCUCCGCAGACGAGAGCCCUUCUGUUGAACAGUCUGUCCCCCACAGCCAGGGCACAGCUCAUGGCUCAGGACUCACAGGCAGCUCUACAGGCCAAGCAGCAAGCGGAGUUGGAAAGACUGCGCUCUGUCGGUGUCCUGACCACCACGGCACACUUGAAUGGCCUGUCCCAACAGACGUCACCUACAGCGGAGGGUAGCAAGGGGGUGGACAAGGAAAAGAUUGCCCUUGAGGCGCUGACCCAUCAGCUCUACAUGCGCCAGAUGACCUCCGGUAAGGUCGUCGGGGAGGGAACGUCCUCGGAACUGACCCAGAAAGUGAAGGAGCCUGGGAAGAUGGUGAUAGACCUGACGUCGGAGGAAGCCGCUGCGUCCAGCCAUCAUCGUGGUGAACUGGAUGCAGACGGCAGGCCAAAUCCCCACAUACAAGAGGCCAGGAUCUACCGGGAGGUCAGGGGUCGUACGGUGAGCGAGCCCCACAUCAAGCGGCCAAUGAAUGCCUUCAUGGUGUGGGCGAAGGACGAGAGACGCAAGAUCCUUCAGAGCUUCCCUGACAUGCACAACUCCAACAUUAGCAAGAUCCUUGGUUCUCGCUGGAAGUCCAUGUCUAACCAGGAGAAGCAGCCCUACUACGAGGAGCAGGCGCGCCUCAGUAAGGCUCACCUGGAGAAAUACCCAGACUACAAGUACAAACCCCGUCCCAAGCGCACCUGCAUUGUGGAUGGGAAAAAGUUGAGGAUAGGUAAACGAAAAGCAUCAUUCAUUGGACAAGAGAGGGCCUGGCUCCUUGCAGGUGAGUACAAGUCCCUGAUGCGAGCCCGUCGCCACGAGGUGCGCUCCGCUCUCUACCAGCAGGCCCAGGUCGACCACUACACCGCGGCGCAAAUCGCUCAGAUCGCCGCCGCGAACGCCGCCGCUGCAGCCUCGGGAGUGUCCACGGCAACCAUCAGCCAAUCGGUGAGCAGUUUGGUCACCACGGCAACGGGAGCGGGAUUGAGCGGGAGCGACAUGGCGAGCGCUGGGACGAGCACGGGUACAGAAACGCUGCCGGUGAUCUCUCACACGUACUCCUUAGAUACUGGCGUGGCCUCGCAAGACUGAAGAAAGGAGAAGAAGUGGCAGUUUAUAAAGAAACUGGACAAGACUGUGGUCACAAUGUGAUGUUGUGAGAAGAAAAGAGUCGUGGCUUGAUUAUAGAGAAAGUUGUUGAUGGUGUCAGAUGUGCUGUUCUAUGUAUGGACUGAGACUGUAAUUAUUGUAUAGUGUGAUGUAAGGGGUGCCAUCCAGUGUGUUAUGUUGAGCUGAGUGAGGUGCAGAAAGUGGACUUCCUUCUUUAUUCACAGUUUGUUUUCACUCUGUUGUUCAAACAGAGAGAAUCAGUUUUGGGUUAAACCAUCUCCUGAUUAACUACAAAGUUGUAGUUAGGGGAAUGCUCCAAUCAAAGAGAAAGGACAGAAUUUGUGCUUUCAUUCAAACAAAGCCCACUUGAAGUGGAUUCAAAUAUCUUCUUCCAUCUGGAAAAUCCUAUAUUUAGCUCAGACAUAUUGUAAUGGUGUCUCCUUGUAAGAAGGUCCGUGGUUGGUUUGUAGUGGAAAGCCCGUGAUUGGUCAGAUGUGAGAAGGUCUGUGGUUGGUCUAUUUGCAGCCUAAGGUUGUGUGUGUUGUGCAUUGCAGUUGGUUGCAGAGUGAGGUUUUUAAUUGCCUGGUAAUUAGUUAAUCAUGAAGUGUUUGGGAACACAGUUCUAGAGUGACAUAGAUAUAAGGUACGAUGAUACCUUCGUUGAAUUCUGAGAGCUUGCAGAAAGAAAAUUAUUCAAGUUGUGCAAGUGUACAUGUAGUAGCAUGUAGUGCAAACAGUGGAUUUGAUCAUAGAGCCUUAAAUUUUGACUGAGGUUUUUUUACCAUUACUUUUAAAAGCCAGAACUACACAGAUGAAUUUAUUCUAUGUUCAAGUAUAUGAUGUAACACAGUGUUAAAUUCCAACUGAUGACGUAACCAGGUUAUCUAUACGUAUGUGUAAGGUAUACCAAGUGAUAAUGGAAAAGGUUGAAUGGAAGUGGCUUUCUGAAGGUGGUUUGUAGGAUUGUGCAGUGCAUAUGGUUAUACUAAACAGACUCUCUCUGUGUGGGAGAGACGUGUAAAGGGCUUGAAGCUGUUUGUAUACUCGAAUCUUGAGGGUUUUGCUAUAAGUAGGUGAGACCGAGUAAAGUAGGCAACAUAAGCGUAAGGAAGCUUUUGAGCGAAAUGAAAUAAUAAGAGUUUUCUGAGUGCUACUUUUCAAUCAGAAGCCAAAAAUUAAGACUAAUCAGCUAAUGAAUGAUAAUCAGUUACUACAUUUGUAUACCUCAUUUAUAAAAUGGAAUGAUAUGAUAGAUUGGAAGUGAGUCUUCCUGAAAUUUAUGAAGAUGGUUGCCAAAAAAGGUAUGUGCCAGUCAGUAAGUUUCAAGACAAGAAUUAGUAUUUCCUUUUUAUAUUCUAAUGUAUUUUGUAACAUUCUCUAAGAGAGAGGUAGAUAUGGGUAUUUGUUUUUGUUUCGUGUUGUUGUCUGCCCGCUGUUUUUAAAAAAAAUGUACAUUCUUCAGUCUCACGUUUGUUGACUAUUUUACAGGUUUUUAGAAACUCAGGAAUAUGUGAAAGAGGAAGCGUAUUGUGAUGCCAAAUUUUCUCAGUAAUUCUAUGAUAACAAACAUCUAGACUAUCAUUUGACCACUUGAAUGGUUGAUAUACCCUCCAAACCAGAGGGAUAUAUGGUAAUAUUUAUGUGCCAUUUUAUUUUUGUAGUAGCUUUUGUCCAACAGUAGGUAUUCAUGUCGAUAUAAUGAAAAAGUAUAGUUACGUUUUGUGCUCUGUUUGGUAUAUAUAUCUAUAUCUAUAUUGUAUCUAUAUCUAUAUUGUGCUAUGUUUUUUCCAGACUGUAACAGUCAUUGUUGGAGUGCAAACAUUAUUUGUAUACCUCGUGAAACGUUUGUACACUUGCAAGUAGUGCUAUACAAGAAGUGACGACACAACAACGGCCAUGAAGUUGGUGCUUUGUGACAAUGUUUCCUGUAAGCUGUGUCCGACGGCCUGGUCCCCCCAUACCGCAAUGUGGUAUAUCCCAAACCAAAAACUACAUCCUACGUGAGAUAUUUUCAUGCAUCUUCCAUUUAUGAUUGAAGCAUCCCUAUUUUGGAAUGGAUUGUACCGCUUUUGAUACACCUACACAGUGAAGACUGUAACAAAAACUUCGUAAGCGGGGGUGAACAGGUUAGGACGGAGCUGUACAGUUUGCAGCAAACUUUGUAUUGUGGUUCAGUAGUGCCUCGCUAGUUCAAUAGUAGAUACAUUGUGACAUGAGAACUUGGUUCUUGUGACUAUGCUGGCCACCUGGCAUUUCCUUUCAGUACUGCAGCUAAGAAAAAGCCAUAUUGAUUUGUGGUUUCGUGGACUUCUCUUGUCAAAGCUGUAGUGGUGGUUGCCCCUUUGUCUAGAAUGGAGUGUGCUGUCUGUAGCAUAGAUAUUACACUAACAGGGGACACAACCAUUCUGGUGAGGGGGUAAUGAGGAAAAAAUGCCAGGUAGCCAGCAUUUUUGUUGUUUGUGUGAAAUGGUUCUAAACAAAAGCCAAGUGUGACAUUAUUGUAUUGUAUGUACCGUGGCUCUGCCAUAGAAUCUACCUCUAGUCAACCAUAUAGAGUUUUACUAUAUCGUGGUGGUUUAUCGAGAAUUGAUGCUUACGAAAGUCCUAUUUUUGUAAUUCAAUGAUGAGAUAUCUUGUAAUUGUUGUUCCGGAUAAUGUAUGUUUGCUGUCUCCACAGUGCUACCACUUGAGUUGGUGCCCAGUGUCUCUCCUUCCUGAAAAUGUCACAUCUUUUAGAUAACAAACCCAAAGGUAGGGGAGUGGGGGUAAGCAUGUAGUAGCUGACUAUUUGAAGAAAAAAAAAAAACAAUGUCAAAAUGUCUUGGAAUUGUGGAACUAAGGUUACAAUACCUGAUAUCUGUUUCAGAUGCUUGUUUUAACAUUAAAUGUAUUUCUAUGGUAUUGAACUUUCAGCUACUACAUGUAAGCCCCCUCCCCCAUCCACUUGAAGAAUUCUGUAACAAGCACCAUGGUCCCUAGUUAGAGUUCAGAAGUGGUCUUGCUUUUUAAUGUAAAUGUUGGGAGAAUCAAAAUUGUAAAAGUGAACUGGGUGUAUAAUGACUAUGACCAGCAAUUCUCACGAAGUAAUUUAUGAAACAAACUCCAGUUCACCUACAUGUGUGCUCUUUAAAGCCAGUUUUCUCUGGCCAAAUUUGGACCUGCCUAAACCACAGAAGUUUGACAUAACUCAACAAGAGUUUCACAUUGUGUGAUAACAUGGAUAGACCAGUACCAGAACCUCUGUAUUUUUCCAUAGGAAUUUGAUGUCAGACCUUUGACAACGUAGAUUGCCUUGUGAACCUGUAAAGCUGGUAUGGUACAAACAAACAUUCUUCCACACAGUGUCCUGACCCAGUGAACAUGGCCUCUUCCAUGCACCGCUGCCCACCCCUGCAUCGAUAAUGCCAAAGUCCAUGAAUGUGUCCUUGUGAAACGGGCUAUCCCAAAUGAAGGGGUAAAAAAGUCAAAGUGUUAUUUGCUAAAUUCUAGACCACUACAAUGAAAUUCCAGGGGUAAGCAUGGUUUUUACUCUAUUCACCAAGUUUCAGUGUUAGAUAGAAGCUGAUAUUUCUGCCUUGCUGUCACUAAUAAACCUCUUCAUGGUUUGUGUUUUACACCUAAGCAUCUGCUGUUCCCAUGUCUUUGUUAACAAUGCGAUAUACCCUGCUACUAGUAAUACUGUACAUGAGUAGCCUGAGAGCCGUCCUUGCUCAGCUUGUGUCUGCUGAACAACGAAAGUUGCAGCAGAGACAAACUACUCAAGGAUUGCUUUCAGACUUACCUUCACCAAAGUGGAAAACUGAAGAAUAAUCUGUCAAAAUUGUAAGGUUAGCAGAACACCUGUAAAAUUUAUGCUGAAUUAGAGAAAGCAGGAAAGACUUGUGAUGUUUGGAUAGAUGAUGGUGUCAAUCAUGCAUUUGAUUGCAGGGUCACUCAAAUUCAAAUCGGCAAAUUUCAUUGGGUGGUAGAUUCAGUCACCAAAGCCAGCCACUACAGUCCAGCAUGACUUCUAGCUCAUACAUUUGACAGAGGAUCACCUGUGAACAUUGCUAUCUAUGAACAUUUAGUGUACCCCCCCCCCCCCACCAAGGAAGUUA